GCAGACAAAGAGAGAGGAGUGGGGGAAGAGAGCGAGGAGGAACAAAAAACCGGAAUAGAGGGAGGGGAGAGUCGUACAUUUAACACAUUGUUACAAGAAAACUUUCAUCAACCACUCAAGUGGGAGGAAAUAAUUCGAAUUUACGGAAAUGAGCCGACGGUUUUCAGUGAACAUGUUACAUGUGUUCUGUGGAAGUCCAUCCCUGCGCUGUAUCAAUCUUUACAUCUGUGUUUCAUUCUCUGGCUUUACAACUCACUGUUUACAAGAGCAUCUCUACUUGGGGGAAAGCAGCUGAUACAGUUCUUCCAUCACUCCAUUACAGUGUUCAUCUCCAUUUGACCCAGAAAACCACUGAUCCAGAACACAUUAUCUGUCGACCUCUGCCUUGUUUAGGACCCUGAGAAUGGGGGUGUCUGGAGCCCAAGUCUACAAAAUGGCUAUCACACUGAGGAUCUGCAGUGAUGAGUUGCCUCUGACAAAUCCAAGAUGUCAAAGCCAGGCCCCAGUCACUUGGGGUCACUACACAAGGACCCUUAUAUUGACGCUUUGUCACUAAACACACCAGCGGACGGAGGGGGAGAUUCGGAUUCCUUGGGCCAUGUGGUUUGUGCAAAUUUGUUGUCCAGCGACGCAAACCAAGUGACUGAUCCAUCUUAUGUUGAUGCUUUGUCAUCUCGCUCCAUUUAUUAUGAUGCAUCAGAUGUGCCAGAAAAUCAAGAUUCAGACUUGACACUCAGGCGUGUAUCACAGAGCCAGACCUCUGCAGAUGAGCAUGCAAGACAGGACUCAGCUAAGAGAGAUAAUACCAGUUCACCAGUCUACUACCUUCUUGAAAGCUCGAAUGAAGAAAACUCAGCAAAGAUUCAGGAUCAGUCUUUUCCUGCAGUUCCAGUAGGGGGGCUUGCCAGGAGGAAUACUCCUAAACCAAAACGCCUAUCAAGAGUUGCUUUUGAUAACAGCCAGUCUGAAGAAAAUGUGAAACCUUCUGGCACCAGCACAGAAGAAGCACCAUCUAUUCAUUCUGAUAUCAAAGGAAAUUAUGUGUAUGAUGUACCAAAAUCUACAUCAAAGUAUGUGGGAAGGAAGAUACAUUUCAAGAAAACUCUGAAGUUUGUGGUAAAUUAAAAGCUAAAGAUGAAGAUAUUUAUGAAAUUACGUUCAAAGAUGAUCAGAUUCCUGCCUCAGUAACUGACGCUGUGGCAGCAGAGCCAUCAAGUGUAGAAUCCAGCGGCACAUACCAAGAACUUGGACAAAUUCAGUCUGCCUCAGGAAAACAAAAUAUAUAUGAAUUAGCCAAACCCAUGGGUACCAAAUCCCCAGAAAACCUUUUGGAAUCUUCUCUCAGAAGCAGUGGACAUUUUGUCAGCUGCAAACAAGGUACUCCUCGAAAUAGUGGGGACAUGCCUCAGAUGCCAAGUCCUGAAGAAAUUGAACAUGAGUACACCCGACUGAAAUAUAGCAGAUCCCGCAAAAAGAGGGUGUCUGCAGAGCAUAAGGGCUACAAUAGUCUUCAUAAUGUUAGUGAAGAGCAGAAAGGUGGUUCACUUACUGAAGAACCCAUCUAUGAUCAUGCAUGGGAAUGGAACAGCAAUCGAGAUCGUAAUUCUGUUACCUCUGAUGGCGGCUGGUCUGAGGGUAGUUGGGGGUCUUCAGAGUUUGAAGAAUACUCAGACCAGGAAGGUUAUGAAGCAGAAACAGAGCAGCCUGCUCCAAAUAAACCACUUCCUCAAAUUCCACAGUCUGCGGAAACCAAUGACAGUUUACAGAGGACUAAACUUUUCAGCUGGACAAAGUCCUCUGAUCGGAAAUUAUCGCAAGAUGAUGAUGGUGUGUGUUUGCCUUUUGUUAUUAACAUUGAGAAACAUCCACUACCAGAACUUCCUCUACAGCCUGAAGGUUUGACAGAAAACCAGAAAAAACGUCGAUGUGUGAUUCAGUUAACUAUUUCAAGUGAGAGAUCAUAUAUUCAAAGUCUGGAGAGAAUCCUGAUGGAGUACAAGAAACCAAUUCUGGAACUGAUCAAUCACCCCAAGUCACACAUUCGCAUUGUCUUCAAAGAGGCGGAGGAGAUUCUCACACACCACAAGAUGUUCCAGAUAGAGUUGUCAGAAACUGUUAAAAAAUGGGAUGAAGAAGAGCGUAUUGGACACAUUUUCACAGCAUCUUUUUCGAAAUCCAUGCUGGUUGAUGCAUACAGCAAUUAUGUCAACAACUUUGCAGCAGGAAUGGACGAGAUUCGAACCUUACAGCAAAAUCGUUCAUAUUUUGAGGAGUUUUUAAAGAGCAAAGAACGAGCUAGCCAUGACCGCCUGUCUAUUUUUGGUCUGAUGGUGAAACCAAUUCAGCGGUUUCCGCAGUUCAUCAUGCUCAUACAGGACCUUAUCAAGUGUACCCCACAGUCACACCAUGAUCGACAAGCAUUGCAAUUAGCCCUGACAGAACUGGAGAAUGUCACACACAGACUGAAUGAGCGGAAACGUCUCAGUGAACAGUACUUUCAGGCUCAGCAAACAAUAAUGAUGCUGCCACGCACGAUGCCAGUGCUUUCCAACCGAAGCAGUGAGAAACCUCGACGCCUUAUUCGUUUUGACACCUUUGAUCAGAUAUGUGGAGAGAUGGACAACAUGAAGUCCUCUCAGAGACGAGUGCUUCUGAUGAACGACUUUGUAAUUUGUGUGAAGGUUGGCCUCAGAAAUCAAGAUGGAUUUAUGAUGGAGCGAUAUCGACUGAAGUGGGCAUCUAAACUUGCUGACCUGGAACUUAAAGACAGUGCAGUCAUGCCUGACAUGGGUGGUGUAUUCAAAAUGGACCUUGGAAGACUGCAGUCCUUGACUAAGCACUUUGAAAAACCUGACGAAGACCCAUUUCACCUCUGUGCGGACAUGAGAGACAUGCUUCAUGAUUUAGCUGUGUAUGGACAAAUCAUCAACUUGAUGCAGUCACGGAAACGAAACUAUCAUGGCUAUGGUUUUUCUGAAGACCUUGUGGAGGAAGUCAUCAUUGAUCUUCAGAGGCAGAUCCAUAUAAAAGAUGAGCAGCUUCACCUGGUCAACAGCUGUUCUGUCAUCCUUGUGGAUAACUCCAAGUCAGACAAGCCUCACUACAUUCUUCAGUCAUCAACUCCUGCUCUGAAAAAUGAGUGGUGCAUUGAUUUCAUCAUGGCCAAACUGGCCCUCGAGAAACAAAACAUGCCAGGGUGGGAUCAGGCUCCUCUUUCUGGAGAUGAGGACUUGGAGCCUGUGCCAGCUUUGUUUAUGAAGUGUGUGCCUGUUGAUGUGCCCAGAAAUUUCACUAAGAUGAAAUGUGCCACAACAGUCUUCAUGCCAUCAGCAGCACAGGUUGUGGGGCUUGGCAUGCAGCACCUGUGGGUGUGCUCAUCAAAUAUGUCCAGUGGACACGUGGCAGUGGUGUCCAUCCAUAAUUCUAGACCUGCUCUGACAGAGGCUUUCAAGGCAUGUGAAUGUGAACUAGUGUGCUGUGAGGUCAUUCCUGGUUGCGGUGGUGAGACUCAACCUCGUCGGUUUGUAUUCAGCGAAGACACAGUCUGGAUGGCUAACAAACAAAAUGAUCAUCCGAGGUUCAGAAUCAUCAUCUUCCCAGUGUCAAGCAGUGGUGGCAACACAGCUUCACGUGAGCCUCUUGCAGUGCUUCGGGUUCCAGGUCUGGUGACCACCCUCAAGUUUGUAGAUGAACGCCUCUUCUGUGGACUUGUUGAUGGUGCUAUGCUAAUAUACUCCAGAAACGACGUUGGAGAAUGGCGAGUCCAGUCUCCACGCACUUUGUCAUUUGGCCGUGCAACACCAGUCCGCUGCUUGAACGUGGUAGAUGAGAGUCUGUGGGUGGCCUGUGGCAGCGAAGUCCAUGUGGUGGAUAUUGACAGCCUGAACCUCACUGGGCGCCACAAGCUUGGAGGAGAUAGUGAUAGCACCAUUCUACAGAUGGUGCGAUGUGGCGUGGGUGUCUGGGUGGCAUAUCAGAACUCACCAACUGUGAGAUUAUUUCAUAUUGAGAACAUGGAGAAUCUUCAGGAAAUGAGUAUUGCCAACACUGUUCGCAGAGUUUUAGAAGAGAAAUCUGCGGUGGUUCCAUCCCUUGACAGCAUGGUCUCCUGCCUAGCAGCAAGCACUGGCCUGCUGUGGAUUGGCACUGACACUGGGGUCAUCCUCGCUUUGCCCUUACCCAGACUUCGUGAUGGUGUGCCGCGAUAUCAUGGCCGACCAUCUGUAGCCUAUCAUGCACAUCGUGGCCCUGUCAGGUUUAUUAUUCCAGUCUACUAUUCUGGGAGCAUCUUGCAGCUGCACAAGAACAGUUCCCUUCGUCAGUCACUCUUCAACCGACCAAGUCAGCGAAAUCUCAAACGUGAGCGCAUUGAGAAUGAAGGGUUGACUUCUGAUGUCAAGCUUCUGUCAUCUGGCACAGACAUGGAGACAAGUCUUCAAAGAGCUGAGUCUCAAGCGAAGGAAAUGAAGAACCAAGAACCAAAAUCCCCAGAAGGUAUGGUUCCAGCUUCUGCAAACUUGAAGCAGUCCAAAGAGAGCAGACCAUCACUAGCAACCAGCAGUCAGGUGCAGCAGCUUCAAGGUAGUAAAUAUGUUGGCAACGCAGCAAAGAAUGGAACCAUGCCAUCUGCAGGAUCUAGCCACCAUCGUGGAUGGAAGAAAACUCGGAAUUUGUCAUUUCGAAGUGAGCUUGCCAAAAGGAUUAAAACAAAAACCCUCAAGAAGAACCAGGCACAGUCAUUAUAUGAUCUGCGGUCAAUUGAUCCAUUGGAAGUGGAUGUACUGUACAAAAAUCUUCUGGAAGGAGACUCCAAUGGCGAAGAGGAGGAGGAUGGUUAUGAUCGAAUGAGCAGUCAGUCGGAGAUGAGCCAGUCUGUAGUGUAUGAGGAAUCAAAUGAUUCAAGAGAAAACAAUAGUGAAUCUUCAGGGUAUGUGGCAGGAUCUGGCAAUGACAUGCCAGAAACAGACAACAGUAGGUUAGAGCUACACAGCAACAGUGGGGAAACAGCUGGAGCAUUGCUGCCACUUUCAGGCAAAGCAUCGACUGAAAGUACCAGCAAUAAAUCUAAGAACCAGUCUGUAGUCCCACCCAUUCACCUCACCAUUCCAAAAGACCAGGGCUUUGCAUCCAGUCCUCCACAAAGCUCACCAUCUUCUCCACGGCUGAGUAGCAUACGUGCACACACAAUGCGAAAAACUUCGACAAGCAACGCUGUUAUGAUCGUGAGUGGUGGAGAUGGUUAUGUGGACAUCAUGAGAACCCAGUGCUCAUCAAAGAGUGAAGAUGCUUGUCUCUUGGUUUGGUUGUACAAGUUCUAGUUCUUGUUGGUGAGUUUUUGUUUAACGGUGCAUCAAAUGCCUUGAAUUUGCUGGCACUGCGUGCAGUUUGUAGCUUGUCUCUUUGUUCAGUGAUAGAAGCAUUGAGACUGUUUUGUUGACGCACACCAUUGUUGAGGAGACUAGUGCUUAGAAACUGAAGAAGCAUGUUAGCAUGUUGCUCAACAUUUUUACUUAUAUGAGUUUUCUUGAGUUAUAAGAAGGGAGUAAGGACAAGAACCUUUAAUGUUCAUUCAGGCCAUGUGUUCUUGUCACACACCACAUGUGGACGUGUAUUCUUUUCACAAAUAAACAUAUGAUUCAUUUUGCGUAGGGGUAACCCUGCUCAGAGUGACGAACUGUAUUUAACAACACACAGGGUAACCACGUGUAACACUACCCCCAUCUCAGCCUAUGCCUUGACUGUGACAGUUCUAGACAGGGAUCCUGCAGUUGUUGCUUUGGGACUGCAGACUCUGACCACAUUUGCGUUUUUUUCUUGAGGACAUUGUGUUUAGAUUAAUCUUGGGAACAUGCUUUUGUAUGUGUACUAAAGCCUUACUUGCUAGUGUGCAAGUAGCUAUAUUACAUAUAUUUUCAUUUUUUUUGUUAAUGGAGAAGUGUGGGGCAGGGAAAGGGGAUAUUUCUGAAAACAGGAAGGUAUUUCAUCCCUAAAUGGAGGGAAUAUUUCUGAAAAUACUUAGGUACGACUGCAGAGAACAGCUUGAUAGCCAGGUUGUGAGUGUGCUUGGCUGUCCAGCAGAAGGCUUCUGGUUUGAGGCCUAAGUAGGCCUGUGGCUGGGAAACUCUCACCUGGCACCUGUCAAAUAGAAAUGAGUACCUGAUGUAGGACAAGCACAUGUGGCCAGAGAGGGUUGGUCCAUAUAUUGUGCUCUUCACAAUGAACCACUUACAUCCACUGCCUUUCUGCCCAUUAGGCAAUGGGAUACUUUAAUUUUAUGUAUAAUUCCAAAGUAGAUCUUUGUGAUUUUUUUAUAUAGAUCUUUGGCUUACAUGAAAUGUGAUUGCAUAAUAUGAAUGCUUGCUUUAGGUGGUGUGAGAAGCUGUACAAAAGAGAACACUAAUUUGUUGGGAUUUCUUUGAGUUUGAGGAUAGGUUGCAUACCACAUAACUGUGCUUUGCUCAGGCCAGAUCAUUUUCAUGAAGGAUGUAGCUGGAACAGGAUUCUUUGUUCCAGAGAUGCCAUUCAAGCUAAAAAGACAGUUUUCAGAAUGUAGUAUUAGUAUAAAUAGCUGCUAACUCACCAGAUUAAGAUUUUGUUUUAGCGAUGUACAUUUGAAAUUGUAAUUUUACUUGUUCCAGCUCAAGGAAGUGUGUGUAUGUGCGUGCAGGAAUGCAUGAGUGAAUGAUAUUUUUCUUCCAAAAAAUUGUCGAAUGUGAAAAGACAGUCCAGAAAAACUUUGUUGUUAACUUUUGGCAUUAACAUUUGAAGCUUUAUUUGUUAAACUUUUUGUUCUAGUAUAGUUUAUCCUAUUAAGAAUCAUUUGUCUUGAAAACUGGGCUUCAAGACAAUGAAGAAACAACUGUCUACAUGAGGACAGCAACUACACACAUCUGUGAGCCAUGGAGAGACUUUUGCUUCUCUUGCUCCUCUUCCCUUAGCCACUUGUAUUUUUGUUACCACGUGCUGGGAGUAAAUUAGGUCCUUUCUUGGUGUGUGUAUAUAUAGGCAGCCUCUAAAUACAUCUCACAUCUAGCCAUCAUUGGGAUGUGGAAUCUGUUUACAGAGCUGGACAAACUUGCUGUGAUACAGCUUUAAUUGUUUGCUGAGAUGGAAAUGUAGUACACUAAGAAUAAGAAUCACUUACCCAUCUAGUGUAUUUUCACUGUUUGCACUUAAGGAUUUUUCCUUUUCACCACAAAUUAUACCUUUAAAGAUCUUUUUAACUUUUUACAUUCGCUUGACUUUUGACUAACCUUGCUUGUAGUGACAGAUGUCUUUGACAUGCGUAGAUUUUGGCCAGACUUUCUUUUAAAUUUAAGUUUAGUUUUGUGAUAUUUUCUUAAAAUGGCGUAUUCUGUGGUCACUGCGUGAAACAAGCAGGACUUUUUGGCCAGAUGAAAAUGGUUUAUUUGAAGCCAGUUUAAAAUAAUGUACCCAGAAUAUUGCAGAAUUCUGGCCACUGCUGCUUCAGUUGACAUUGACCAAAGGUUGAAUGACAACUAUGGUCAAUAGCUGGAGCCACCGAGUUAAAAUACAGGGGGUGACUAUUGUGAACGCCAUCAGUAGUUAUUAACUCAUUUUGGUUGGAUGCAACCACAGAGGUAAUUUAGAUUUUUGAUCGUAUGUUAUUUGGCUAACAAUAGAGCAAAGGACUCCUGCAUAACCUUGUGAACAUUGAAAACUUCAUAGCAGAGAGCUUAAACCAGUUGAGACACAAGUCUUGCAGUCUGCUAAAUAACAAGUUAAAUGUAAAAGAUCAGACAGAUUUAUUGAAUACUUUAGAUGUUGCAUUCCAAACAGUUUUGCAAGAUUUUUAGUGAUUUUUUCAACAUACUAUUGUACAGUUAACCAGUCCUUUCACAUCCAAGUGAGGCAGGAAAAAAAUAUGAUAACCAAUGAAAAAAGUGCAACUUUCUUAAUCCAGCCAUGAUGGUACUGAAAUAAUAAGAUAGUGUUUGCAGUUUCCCUCCCUUUCUUUAGCAUGAAAUGACAAGGUUUUGACAAGGUUUGUUGGGUAAAGUUUCUAAUGGGGUUGUAAGUGGUAAGUAAAUGAGAUACUAUGGCUACAUAUGGCCGAGGCAGUUGUAUGCUUUACAGGAGUUGCAGGUGCUUCUGCUAUCAUUGGUUUGUUGACAUUUUUACACAAAAUACAAAAAUUGUUGCAGUGAAAAUAUACCCUUUCAUUAUGCAAGAUUAGAGCUGUGAUAUAAACACCAUCAUUAUCCAACAUUAGCCCUAUUUGUAUAGCCUUAGAAACAUUAUAGAGGGUUGACCAUACAUAAAAUUAUCUUUGAUUUAUGUGUUGAUUUACAGCAUUGCAAUACUGUGGUGUGGUUGAUGUCCACCUCUAGGUCAUGUAAAUCUGCCUUUAAAUCAGCAUCAAAUGGUAUUUGUGCAGCAUGCAUAUAUUGAUGUCUGAUGCGUUACUAAACAAAUAAUGUUUUAUAAGCAAUAGUUCGCUGUUAUAUAAUGUUAUAUAAUUGGGUUGUUUUUUUGAGCAAAUGUGAUGAUCUUUGUAGUGCCAUUUGGAACUGAAGUAAUGGUAGAAGCAAAAAUAGAACAGGUAAAAACCAUCUAGGACAAGGGUCAACAGGAAGAUGUUCAGGUAAAUGCAAGCACUAAUAUUUUUUAAACCAUGAAAACAGUCUGUUGUUAGUCUUGUUGUUAUUAAUUCUAAUCAAUUUGUUAUUUUUAUAAGAAACAAUUGUUAACCUAAUUAUUAUUCAAUCCAUGUUAUCUAUUUUUUUAUCUAGCUGCAACGUUUCUGAACCAAAAACCAUCCAAAAAGAUUGUGGAUCAGCUUAUUACUGUAAAUGUUAUUAACAUUUUUAAUGAAUUUUUCCUGUUGUUUCUGAUAAUUGUAUUAUGCAGAAGAUGCCAUAGUGGCGUUCAGGCUUUAUUAAGAAUAUGCCUUUUGUACGUUUGCCAUGUGCAUCUGCACAAUACAUCCAAGUUUGUAUAAUAUGAAUUGAAAAAAAAUAUUUAUAGUCUCUAAAUCCAAUGAAAUCCAAGCUGAGAAAUUUGUGUAGGUAAAAAAUGUUCGUUUGCGAUGUAUAAAGUGUCACUUGAUGUCUCAGCUGUGCCUUCUUCAAGUCCUAAUGGGAGAUACAUGCAUUGCCAGUCAAGAUGCUUUUGAGUAGCAUGUUAAAAACACCUUUUUAAGCAUUUUUUAGAUGUUUGAAAUAUUUUGUUAUCUUUCAGAAGAGCCUUGUAUGCAAAUACUUUUUUUAGAUGUUUCAUUAACUUUUGUACAUGAUUUAUGUGCUUUUGUGUUCUAGUAUUUUAAUAUGGCAAAAAGUUUACAUGCUUUUUCAAAGCACCACACUGAAAUAGCUCAUAUCCAAAGCAAGAUUUACCAUAGCCCAACUCAAUGUUAGAGCUAUUCAAAGAUUCUUUUCACACAAUUUUUGGGGGUUAGUGGCACCUUUGGAAGGAAAUAUUUUUAGUAAGCAACAGGUUCUGUAUGCCAUUUACCAGGAUGUCCAGGAAUUUUUUUUUUUGCAAAGCAUAAUUCCUAUAAAAGGAGUCAAUGGUCUGUUUAGACAUGUCAGCUUGUAGUUCCACACACAAAAUCAUGCAGUAUGGUGCACAUUUUAGGGCAAAAAUGCAGGAUGUUUUAUGUUUACAGCUCGUUGUUGGAAGCUCCUGGAUGACUCUAAAACAAAGCAGUGGGAUGGGUGGGAUGCAAUGGAUUAUUGUCCUUGUUCUGUGAUAACUUUGGGAUACCACAUUGUUAUACUUUAAAACAAAUUCUACCACUAAAUUUGACCCAUUUUGUUGAAAUAUUCAUGCCAAGAUGAGAUUUGCACACACCC